GCAAAGGUUGAAUUGUUCUUCUGUGCUAAGCCGAGGAGCGCAGACAGCGGUAAGUCUUGAGUUCGACUCCUAUACUUGAGCCAGCCAGAACCUCAUUCUUGAAGUAUCACUUUUGAGUUUAGAUGAGACUUCAGGUUUAGUUUUGCUCUUUUAUCAUGGCGUCUCUCUCAAUCCACACAGCCGGAAACUCCCUCAAACUCAUCCUACCGUCCUCACUCCAUUCCCACUGCCCCUCUCAACUUUCUUUCAAGUCCCUUUGCUCUUCUGCUCCCCGCUACCGCACCAAAACCAACAGAGCCGCUCACUCGCGGCGGAGCACUACCCGUCACCCUCCGCCAUCCAGACCUCCCAGAACCCGCAGAGACAACUACCAAAAACACCCCAUUACCGUUGAACGGGAUAGCGGUCCAUUGCCUCCAGACGCCAAUAGUCCGCAGGAACUCAAAAUCGACUUGAUUGGUUUAUGCAAUGAAGGAAAGAUUGAAGAAGCGAUUGGAUACAUUUCACGAGGCUCCAGUCCCAGUUUUGGUGUUUUCGAGUUGAUUUUGGAUUUCUGCAUCAAUUCGGGUUUCUUUGAGCUGGGAAAAAGGGUUCAUGAGCUUCUGGAGCAGUCUGGUUACAGUAGCAAUCUCGAAUUGAGUGGGAAACUGGUUGAGAUGAACCUGAAGAGCGGGGACAUGGUGAAUGCGCGAAAGGUGUUUGAUAGAAUGACCCAUCGGAGGUUGGAGCUUUGGAAUCUUAUGAUAACUGGGUAUGCAGAUAACGGUGAAGGGGAAAGCGGUCUGCUUCUUUUCGGGCAAAUGAGGAAACUUGAGCCCAACAAACCCACUGAAGAGACAUUCGUAGCAGUAUUUUCUGCUUGUGCUAGUGCGGGAGCUGUACAGGAAGGUUUGUUUUACUUCGAGUUGAUGAAGAAGGGGUUUGGCAUUGUCCCAGGAAUUGAGCAUUAUUUAGGCGUUCUUGAUAUUUUGGGGAAAGCCGGCCAUUUGCCCGAAGCUGUGGACUUUGUAGAGAACAUUCCCAUAAACCCUACAAUUGAAGUGUGGGAGGCCAUUCUGAAUUUCGCUCGAAUACACGGAGAUAUGGAGCUUGAAGAUCGAGCUGAGGAGAUACUAAUUGGAUUUGAUCCCUCAAGGACUAUAAUAGAUAAGGUUCCUGUUCCAUUGCAAAAGAGGCACUCCGAGCUCAACAUGCUUGAGGACAAUAGACGAAUUUUUGCUUUCAAGAAUCCAAGUGCAUACAAGGAAGCGUCAUAUAAUAAGAGUGGGCAACAUAGUGAUUCAGUGUAUGUACCAGACACAAGUUAUGUGCUGCAUGACAUUGAUGAGGAGGCCAAGGAGAAGGCUUUGAUGUAUCACAGUGAGCGUUUGGCAAUUGCAUAUGGUCUCAUUAAAACUCCUGCAAGGACAACUCUUAGAAUCAUGAAGAACCUUAGGAUAUGUGGUGACUGCCACAACGCGAUAAAGGUCAUGUCUAAGGUUGUGGGCAGAGAGCUGAUAGUCAGGGACACCAAGCGCUUUCAUCAUUUCAGAGAUGGUAAAUGCUCUUGUAAUGACUUCUGGUGAAAAAAAUGGCAUCUGGAGAUUUUGCCCGAGAGUGAUCUAAAACCAAAAUGUAUAGUGUGAACCCAUUGCUGUUGUCUGUUGAUAUUUGUGUUCUUCUGGAGAUGACUAACAUAUUAAAUUGGGUUUCUAGAAAGGUAGAUUCUACGGUAACCAUAAGGUACCGUACCUUUGUCCACAUGGACCAAUCAGAAUCAUGCAGUUGAAUUAUUUAAAUCUAAACUAAAAUGGAUUUAAUGAUUUGGACCAAUCAAAUGCAAGGUAGGUACGGUACCCCAUUUUUUAAAUGAGUACCGGAGUUGUCACCUUCUAGAAAUUUGUUUAUACUGAAAUACAUGUUUU